AUGUCUUCCCCAGGCCAAGCGGAAGACCAGGAUUCGUCCGGUGUUGAGCCGGAUGUUGUUAUAGAGAAGACCCGUGCACUGAAUCUCGAUGAAACAAUAGACCAGGAAACUAUGGCUGAUGCUCUUCGUGAAGGGGCUACGAGCGGUCUUUCGGGUAUGGGUGAAAGUGAAGUUUCAAUGGUAUCGGAAGCACCUCCGAGCACUAUAGCAAAUCAACCGUUUCCUGCAACUAGCACGAAGGUGUACUAUCACAUUGACGAUGAACCAACUCCCUACCUUACCGAAGUCCAUGUUCCACCUGAUUUGAUAACAUUAGGAGACGUCAAACGAGUACUUAUGCGAUCAAAUUUCAAGUAUUACUGUAAAGCUCUGGACCAAGAUACGGGGUGCGAGGUGAAAGCCGAAAUCCGUGAUGACAUGGAACGAUUGCAUCGCUCAUCGAAUGGACGCUUUGAAUUGUUCCUGCUGACUACCGAAGGAUCUACUCAUUCUGACGGCUCUUCAGGUCUUCCAAAAACUGCACGGCAUCAUAUGGUGCCGGGGCCAGCGCCAACCAGCAUGUAUCAUCUUAGUCAAAAUGCAUAUCGUCAGGCUGUGCACCAGUACGAUAAUAGUUUGCUCAGUACCGACUCGGAAUCGAUGGUUUCUGCGCCAGUUCCUCAAUACAUGAAAGGAAGUUUGAACAGGAGGCAUGUACAACAGCAGUACAUUGUCGGUUAG